UGGUCGAGUCUGAGUUUUAUACCACACGGCGUGGAAACGAGCUCGUGGAACAUUUAGGAUUAAAAGUCACAGUUUACUGAAAAACAAACCUAUUGCAGUCACUCAGAAGACGGACAUAUAGUUUAGUGUCAACAGUAACGUCACAAGAAUCUCCAAUUGAAAUGGCAAAUGACAACGCGAAACUCUCCAAAAACCUCUUGCGAAUGAAGUUCAUGCAAAGAGGCCUGGAUGCAGAUACAAAGAAGCAACUGGAAGAAGAGGAGAGGAGGAUCAUCAGUGAUGAGCAUUGGUAUCUGGACCUGCCAGAACUCAAAGCUAAAGAGAAUUUCAUCAUAGAAGAAAGAAGUUUUGGGCCCUGUGAAGACCUGAAGUAUGGAAGAAUGUCAUUCAAGGGGUUCAAUACAGAUGUAGAGAAACUAAUGAUCGUGAUGAAUGCUCCAAAUGAGGAAGAGUUGGAAGAGGAGGAAAUUAGCAGAAUGGAGACUGAUAUCACAGAUGAAGACAUGGCUAGAAGGUACGAGAGCUUAGUGGGAAGCAUGAAGAAGAAGUUUGCUAAGAAGCGGGAGAGGUCUGCGAUUAAGGAUGUUAAUCAAAACGCAAUUGAGACACAAACAAAAAAGGCUUUUUUGAAGCCUCAGGACUGAGGGCAUGCUUUUUAUUUAAAUGAAGUAUGUCAGGACUGUACAAUGUUUUUAUGUGCAACAAUUUUUAUUUUAACUGCUGUUUUCAUGAACCGUAGGUAACUUCCAUAGAUGUUACAGGCAUAUAUUUUAAAGUUGAAUGGAUGUUAUAUAUCCUCUUUUUAAAAGUCUAUUUCUUCAAGAUGCAUUGAGGGUUAUGAACACAGGAAAUGAAUCCCACAUCCUUGUACCAUGGACAAGGGUAUAGUUUAAUUAAAACUGUUACCC